AUGUCUCAGUACGUUAACGAGGCCAAACAAGUCAUUACCUCGCAAAAAUUCGUGCAGCUAACUGCCGAUUUCUGCCCCGACUGUGUGUAUGCCAAUUCGGUAUGGAAAAGAUUCGGUGUUUUGGAUAAAGUAUUGCAAUUUGAAAUCGGCAGUUUUGACAGGGCCACUCAGAUGAAAUACAGAGACGCUUUCGAACAGGUGGCAGGCGUCAGAAACUUGCCUACGAUUUUUGUCGACGGCAAGGUUUGGGGUACGGAGCACGAUCUGCAUAAGUUUGAAAGAAAAGGUACGCUGCAAGAAGAGCUGAAGAAGAUCGGACUUAUUUGA